GAAGGGCCGCUUCAUCCGAACAGUCGCUUCGCGACAAUGAACGUGCUCUUCCGAGAGUAUCCGCAGGGCGAGAUACCCGACCCCGAUGGUGAGCUGGAACUGGAGCGUCGCAAGGACCUGCGGCCCGGUUUCAUUGGCCCGGUGGAUUCGCCCGAAUUGCGGGAGCGCCG